AUGAAUACCAUCAACAUAACCUGCCCUAUGGCUUUUAACACCACCAAAUAUUUUACAAUCCCUAUGUACUCUCUAGCAUUGGCAGCUGGGCUGCCACUGAAUUGUCUGGCACUUUUGGCCUUGGUAUCCCACAUACAGAAAAGCAUUGUUCUCUCAGUCUAUGUCUUGAACGUAGUGUUGGCCAACAUCUUGCAGAGUCUGAUGCUACCCUUCUGGAUCAAUUACAGCUACCACAAUCACCACUGGAACCUAGGGGAAGGGGCAUGUAUGGUGUUUGGUGUGAUAUUCUUCACAAAUUUCUAUGCCAAGAACAACUUCCUAUGUCUCAUUGCCAUGGAACGUUAUAUAGGUCUCAUCUAUCCAUUGAAGUUCUACAGAUUGCAGACCAUGCAUGGUGCCACCAAGGUGAGCAUUGGUGCUUGGCUUUUGGUGGCUAUAUUGUGUGUUGCCGGUGUUUGGAUACAGAUGCAUGGCUCAGAAACGUGGCAAGGGCGUUGUCUGGAUGGUUCCCAAUCAGGCAAGGACUAUGCAUACUUCAAAAUGGCGACCAUGAGCUUCAGCUUCUUUAUGCCUUGCUUUCUCAUGGGAUUUUUCUAUUUUAGGGUCCUGUUUGCACUCAGGAAGAAAACAUCUUUGCAGCAAAGACUGAAAAGGAAAAUCUAUGGUUUUAUCUCCCUCAUCAUUGCCUCCUUCUUCCUGCUCUGUACUCCAUACCAGGUGAUUUCCUGUUACAAAUACUACUGCACACUGAUGCUGGAAAACAAUGAGUUCUGUGACAUUGAGAGAAACAGCUUCAUUUACAUACAUGUCACCUGGUGUUUAGCCAUCUUGACAACCAUCUUGGAUCCCCUUCUUUACAUCCUGCUCCUUAAAGAUGUUCAGGCCAAUCUCAAAGAUCAUCUCAGUUUCAGAGCUCGCAGGACACAAAUCACGCAAGAUCUUCCUUUACAUUCCACAACUGGAUGGAUACAAAAGGUGCCUGUGUCUCAAUAA